AUGACACUGUGGAAGUCAUUUAUCCUCAACCGACUGGACAACUGCUCUCAGCUAUGGUCGCCUUAUACAACAAGGACGAUAGCAGAGCUUGAAGCAGUCCAACGACAUUACACGAAGAAAAUUGCAUCAAUGGAACGACUGAGCUACUGGGACAGAUUGACAGAGCUACGACUCUAUUCCCUGGAACGAAGGCGGGAGAACUGGUCUAGAAAAUGGGAAAUUCUAGGAGCUCUGCUAUGGAUAGCAGUCGGUCAUACGGGUAUGAAUAUAAAGCAAGCUGACCGUCCAGCGGGAAAGAAUAGAGAGCGUUCAUAUAAAAUCGAAGAACUGAUGGUUUCAAAGAAAAAAGUGCUUAUUUCUCGUUUUGGUUUCUUACAGAUUGAAACAAUAAAGGACCCCAAAGCUGUAAAACAAUUCCUGGUGAACCCCAAAAAGGACAGCGAAGAAUUUAGACCGGUGCCUCUUCCCGAGGACUUCUCACGCUACGACAACAAUAUUAACGAUAAUUUCAUCAGUCUGCAGGAGUUAAUUAAAACAACCGGUGCAAGACGGAACGCUAAGGAAGCUUUUAAAGAUGCAGAUAAAAAUGGAGAUGGAAGAAUAAGUCCUGAAGAAUUCCAAGGAGCACCUUGGACCUUGAAUGUUUCAGAAAUAUUGGUAAGCACCAAUAUAUCAAACAUUAACCUUACUGAAAUUUUGGAGGAAGAUCCAAAAGAAACCGAAAAUGAAUCUUUGAAAAUUGGAAACGCUUUGGAUUCCAGAGAGACAGAAGACAAAAUGAACAGUUUUGAUAUUGGAAUGGAGAACAGCACUGAUAUCCGACUGGAGGACAAUUCUGAGAACAGAUUGGAUGACAGCUCUGAGAGUCAACUGGAGGACAGUUUUGAGAGUCAAAUGGAGGACAGUUUUGAGAGUCAACUAAAAGACAGUUCUGAGAGUCAAAUGGAGGACAGUUUUGAGAGAAUAUUUGGAGAAAGUUCUGAGAGUCAAAUAGAUGACAGUUUUGAGAGUAGGUUAGAGGACAAUUUUGAGAGUCAAAUGAAGAACAAUUUUGAGAGCAUAUUGGAGGAUAGCUCUGAAAGCAAAUUGGACGACAGUUCUGAGAGUAAAACAGACGACACUUUUGAAAGUAGACUGGAAGAUAGUUUGGAGAACAGACUGGAGAGCAUUUUUGAGACCAAACUUGUUGACGGUUCUGAUAUUAAAGUUGGGGACAGUUCUGAUAUAAGUGUGGAGGACAAUUCUGAAAGGCUCCUGGAAGAGAGCCCUAAAAAUAGUGUGAAAGACAGUUCUGAAAAUAGUGAGGAGGAGAAUCCUAAAAGCAGGGAAAUUGUCGAUUUGAAUAGUGACAUACAGUCAUGGAAUUCACACCACAGUUAAAUGAUUAAUAUGAAUAAUUAAAAAUGUAUAAAGACUAAUUGAUCACACAGGGAAUGUUAGUCAUAAGCCCUGGCUCUGAUUCACAUUUGACAAAUUUGGUUUUCUCAUUAGAGAUUUUAAUGUAGUGUUCUCUCAGAAUAUGUAUUUUCAAGUUACACAUGGUGUAUCAUUGUGCAAAAAACAUCUAUAAUCAAAAAAACUUUAUUUCUUUCACAUCGAUAUUUGCUUUGCAUAUUGAGUAGACCACUAUUUUAGAGUACAGGCAUGUCUACACACACACACACAACCACCAACACCACACAUACACGCACACACAUGCAUAAAUAAUCAUAUAA